AUGUCCAUUUCCAACAUCACAGUCUUCAUGCCUUCUGUGUUCACUCUAAUAGGGAUCCCAGGCCUAGAGUCUGUGCAGUGCUGGACUGGGAUUCCAUUCUGUGUCAUGUAUCUCAUUGCUAUGAUUGGAAAUGCCUUGCUUCUGAUCAUCAUCAAAUCGGAGCCCAGCCUGCAUGAACCCAUGUACAUUUUCCUAGGCAUGCUAGGAGUCACAGAUAUUGCUCUUAGCACCAGCAUUGUGCCCAAAAUGCUUACAAUCUUCUGGUUUCAUAUACCAGAGAUAUAUUUUGACUCUUGCCUGCUUCAAAUGUGGCUCAUUCACACAUUUGAAGGCUUAGAGUCAGGCUUCCUCCUGGCCAUGGCCCUGGACCGCUAUGUGGCCAUCUGUUAUCCACUGAGACAUGCUGCCAUCUUCACCCCCCAGCUAGUCACCCAAGUAGCAGCUAUGGUAACACUCAGGGCUACCAUUCUUGUGACCCCCACCCUAGUACUGAUAAAAUGCCGGUUGCACUUUUAUUAUACAAAAGUUAUCUCCCACUGCUACUGUGAGCAUAUGGCCAUUGUGAAACUGGCUGCAGAUGAUGUCAGUGUCAACAAAAUCUAUGGUUUGUUUGUGGCUUUUACUGUUGCAGGGCUUGACCUAACAUGCAUCACAUUGUCCUAUGUACAGAUAUUUAUUACAGUUUUUCGUUUGCCCCAGAAGGAGGCUAGGUUGAAAGCAUUCAAUACCUGCAUUGCUCACAUCUGUGUCUUCCUGCAGUUCUACCUCCUUGCCUUCUUCUCUUUCUUCGCACAUAGGUUUGGCUCUCACAUACCACCAUAUGUUCAUAUCCUUUUAUCCAGCCUUUACCUGUUAGUUCCACCUUUUCUCAACCCAAUCGUCUAUGGAGUGAAGACCAAACAAAUUCGUGACCAUGUCCUGAAAAUGAUCUUCUCCAAAAGACAUCCUGAUCAUUAG